AAGUAGGAAGCAAAUCAACUUGGGUUUACACUCAUGUCUUUCUUCUUCAUAGAUUUAAGAUCCAUGAACAGGUCAGCAACACACCUUGUGACUGAGUUUGUUCUCCUGGGAUUCCCUGGUUGCUGGGAGAUACAGAUUUUCCUUUUCUCACUGUUUUUGGUGAUUUAUGUCUUGACCUUGCUGGGGAAUGGAGCCAUUAUCUGUGCAGUGAGAUGGGACCCACAACUACACACACCCAUGUACUUUCUGCUGGGAAACUUUGCCUUCCUUGAGAUCUGGUAUGUUUCCUCCACUGUUCCUAACAUGUUAACCAACAUUCUCUCCAAAACCAAGGCCAUCUCAUUUUCUGGCUGCUUCCUCCAAUUCUAUUUCUUCUUUUCCCUCGGCACAACAGAAUGUCUUUUUCUGGCUAUAAUGGCUUAUGAUCGGUACCUGGCCAUCUGCCACCCACUGCACUACCCCACCAUCAUGACUGGGAAAUUCUGUGGCCUGCUGGUGUCUCUAUGCUGGGUCAUCGGAUUCCUUGGCUACCCAAUCCCCAUUUUCUUCAUCUCCCAACUCCCCUUCUGUGCAUCCAAUAUCAUUGAUCACUUCCUGUGUGACAUGGACCCACUGAUGGCUCUGUCCUGUGCUCCAGCCCCCGUUACUGAAUUUAUUUUCUAUACUCAGAGCUCCCUUGUCCUCUUUUUCACUAUUAUGUAUAUUCUUCGAUCCUAUACUCUGUUGCUCAGAGCUGUUUUUCAGGUCCCUUCUGCAGCUGGUCGGAGAAAGGCCUUUUCCACCUGUGGUUCUCAUUUAGUUGUGGUGUCUCUUUUCUAUGGGACAGUCAUGGUAAUGUACGUGAGCCCUACAUACGGCAUCCCAACUUUGAUGCAGAAGAUCCUCACCCUGGUGUAUUCAGUAAUGACUCCUCUCUUUAAUCCCCUGAUCUACAGUCUUCGUAAUAAGGACAUGAAGCUUGCUCUGAGAAAUGUUCUAUUCAGAAUGAGAAUUAGUCAAAAUUCAUGAGCCAAAAAAUGUGCCUUACUUCCAAGUUCUCAUAAGUAAUAAGGUGA